GGGCGGGGGGGGCUUGGUGGCCGAGUGGUCUAAGUAGUUACUACUGUAAUCACUAGCCAGUCAACAUUGAGGUUGUGAGUUCGAACCCCGCUCGUGCGAGUGCACUAGACUCCAAUCUUAAUUGACUAGGAUUGUCAGUUUUCCUAUCGAAGGUCGGUGGUUUUCUCCGGGCACUCCGGCUUCCUCCACCAAAAAAAACUGGCCGCCACAAAAUAGCCCAAAAGCGGUGCUUAAAAGUGGCGUUAAAACACCAAAAAUCAAAUCAAAAAUCAAAUCGAAGAUUGUGGUGGUGUUUAGGGAUGUAUUUAUUCUGAAUAGUAAUUUAACAAUAGCUUAAAAUAUUUAUUUGCCAAACGUUUACCCUCCAAAAAUGAAAGUUUGUUGAUAACAAAAACGGUCAUCACUUUGUGUGGGCAUUAAAUGUCUAUAAUGUGUUCAUUUUCUGUCAAUUUACUUUUUUUUAAAUGUUGAGUUUUUUGAAACACCAAGGUUUUUCUACCCCAGGCAUCAUGGGUAUAGAAUGCUUUAAUCGUAUUUUAAAUAACUUUUUUUCAAAGCUCACCAACUUAGUAUUUGAUUUUACUUUCAACUGUUUGGAUUUGAGCUACUAGUAUACUGGUGAUUCCCAUGUAGAGAAAACGCACGUCUGUCGUACCUAUAGCUAGUCAACUCGUAUUUUGACGAAACUUGAUAUUUACUUAGAACAUGUUCUGAAUUUUUGUCUAGUGUCAAUCUUUAUGUGCACUCGGGUCCUUUUUGACAUCGUUAUCGAGGGAAUUGCAAUUCGUGUCCAAUUGAAGUUUCAACAUUUAUGUCGAGUAUUCCAAUAAUGCUUUGGCAUAGAAUUAGUGUUUAGUCCGUUGCGGGUGCGUUACAUGUUUCUUCGCUGAAUUGAAUAGCGUAUAUUAAACAAUAAUACUCCGAAUAAACAUGCAGAAUAUUAAUCUCAAAGAUAAAACUCAUGAGUGCACAAGCUGAAAUGUCUCGCCUGCUUUUCUGACCAUUGAUUUAAUGCUGAAGGUCUAAAGGAUAAAGGUUAUACAAAUGAUUAGCCUGGUAUCUUUAAUGACUUCUUAAUCUAACAUUGGGACCUACAACCACAUGUGCUAUUUAUAACGAGAAAAUAAACUUCCGUUGGUAAUUUACAUGUGCUAUGUGAUACCAUGCAGAAAAUAUAUUUCCGGUGGUAUUUUUAAACGCGGUGUUACAUGUAUGAACCAAAUAGAAGGGUAAAGGGAACGACUUUGUUUUGUUAAAAUUUGUAAAUUAGAUUUAAAAUACUGUAACAGUUUUUCGUUGAGAUAGUAGAAGAUAUAUUCACAGGUUUUUUUUAGUAUUUGUAACUGAUUUACGAGGCACGAAGGUUAAAUUAUUCGAGCCAAAUACGGUACAAUUGGAGAGUGGUUAUGGAAAUCUUUUUUGGUCUUAAAAUGCCAGAUGAUAACAUAACUUUGCAGUUUAUUUACACGAAGAUUCUUCGGAUCUCUGAUACAAAAAUAUUAAUUCACUAAUAUACUAGGUAGAACAUAUAAAAUGAAUUGCUUGUUGUUUGCUAAACGCCCAGUGGCAAAUAUUUCAUGCACAUGGUCAAAUGUAUUCUUUUUUUGAACAAAUAACGUUAUCUUGCAUUUGGGAACUCAAACACGCGCACAUAAUAAAUUAGGACGUUAAAGAAGAAGAAACAAGUUUAUAUGAAAAACGUACCAAAUGUAAUAUUACCAGAAGACUAUCAAUAGUCGUCAUGUCCUGUUUAUUAGCCAGAAAGUAUUCAGCAAAUAAAGAUUAAUAAUUUGGACACUUUGUUUUGAAUUGCAACAUUCUUUUUAAUGAUGUUGGGCAAAAUGUUUUUUCUGAUGCAGUUCGUGAACUUUUUAAAAUAUUUUUCCUUCUUUUAUUAUGUCAUAAGAAAUAAUAAAUCCAAGUAUUAGUGAUUUAAAAGCUUUCCCGUCAUACUAUUCUUUAACCCACUUUAAACGUUUAAAAGACUUAGAAUAGUUCGUUAUAAGUUCAAAAAAAAAAGUAGAUUAAACUAUGCCUUUCUUCUUUUUUCAAAAUGAACUUUCAACAAUUUUGAUUUGGAGAUGAAAUGUGAAGGUUAAAUAAGACCAAUAAAAAUCCUUUUGAAUUCGAAUAUCAAAUAUAUUAUUAAUCUUCCAAUUACCAAUAACCGAAAAUAAUCCUUAAGAUGUGUUUAUGAGACAUACGUCUGUCAGAUAGAAGUAUAAAUAUAUAGAAAAUUGUCUUCCAUUUUGUUCGUCAUGGAGUCAAACUUCUUGUAUUUAAUACAAAAUAGCAUCACUGGGGGAAAUAUCAAAACACUUUGAGUACAAUGGAACAAAGCAGUAAGAAGAUUUCCUCAUUAGCGCAUAAAUAUCCAUUUGAAGUAGGAGGAAGUUUAAACGAUUGAUUCAGUUGACAGAGAUUUAACAAUUGCAGCUUUACUUGACGGAAGUUGAACAAAACUGAUAACACCAGCCGUAAGAAAACAAAAAAAGUAUUGAAACUUUGAAAAGUGAAAAAAAAAAAAAAAAACUAAGUGUGCAAAUUUUAGCUUAAAUGGAAUGAAUUAAGUGAGCGGAAUUUAAAUUUUUUUGCUCAAUAUGAACAUGUCCACUAUCAUACCAGAGGAAUUUGCUCAAACUACGGUGAGACCUGAAAAUGGAACAAACAGCACUGGACAUGCUGAGCACAAUGCUCACAAUUCUGGUCAUCCAUUGAUGGAAGAACAAUUAGCAUUCUUGAUAUUUUUGCUAAUCGUUACAACUAUUGGUAAUUUAAUAGUUUUGGUAGCAGUGUCUGUAGCUAAAAAUAGAUCCAGAAUGACUUUCUUCAUCAUGCAUCUAGCUAUUGCAGAUUUGUUAGUCGGAUUAGUGAGUUUAAUGCCUGACUUAAUAUGGCGACUGGCUGGGCAGUUUUAUGGAGGCGAAGUACUUUGCAAAAUUGUUAAAUUUUCACAGUGCCUUGUCACAUAUGGAUCAACUUUCGUCCUUGUAGCGUUAAGUAUUGAUAGAUUAGAUGCCAUAGCUAGACCAUUAGGAUUUUCCACAAGUAAAGCUAGAAAUAGGAUUCUUGUAGCCACAGCUUGGCUGAUUGCAACAGUUUUCUCUAUUCCUGCCGCUGUUUUAUUUAAGACAGAUCACUGCAUUAUAAAUUUACCAACAAAUGUACAUUGGAAGAUAUAUGUAACCAUUAUUGCCCUAGCUGUGUUCAUUAUUCCUGCAAUUAUUAUAGCUAUCUGUUAUGGUAUAAUGGUGUUUAUUAUCGUUAGCAAGAAUUCUGCAUUGAUGGCGACGAUGAAAAAGAAGCAUGAAAGGAAACCGCUAUAUUAUAGACCAGAAAUAAAAAAUCAACGAAAGAAAGUUUCAAACGUUCAACAUGACUCUAGAGCCAGUUCCAGAGGAAUUAUUCCAAAAGCGAAAAUCCGAACAAUAAAGAUGACAUUUGUUAUUAUCUUAGUAUUCAUUAUGUGCUGGAGUCCUUACUUUUUGUGGAAUUUACUCCAAGUUUAUGGACAUAUCAAGUUGAACCACACAAAUAUGCUGAUUACAGUAUUUGUUCAGAGUUUGGCACCACUAAAUAGUGCAAUUAAUCCAGUUAUAUAUGGAGUAUUUAGUACUAGAAUUUGUCGACAACUCAGAAGAUUUAAAGCAGUAAAAGUCAUUUGUGAUAUAUUUCCUUUUUGUGCUGACCAAUCAACUAAAAUGCCAUAUGAUCAUUCUACAAUGGUUACAGACAACACCUUUACAUUUCGACGUCAGAUUAUUUCUCCUAGGAGAUCUAUUUAUAGCCAAGGGGAAAGUUUUCAAAUGGAAACAUGUGACCUUAUAGCUAGUGUAUUGCCUGAUAAAAAACCAACAAUUAUACGAGAAUAGAGGAACCUUUUAUUCCAUUUGUGCACAAAGGGUUAAACCUUUCACUUAAAUUGCAGAGGUCAUUAAAGAACCGAUCUUCAUUUGAAAGUUGCAGAGAACGCAAUGAAUACGUUCACGUUAUCAACACAUUGUAUAGCGGUAAUGACUGAUGGAAAGAUGAUGCUAAUUGGCAUUUUGUCUAAUAAGCAAUGAAACAAUAAAUACAGAUAUGCUUUAUGAAAAAAAUGUAAUAAAAACUCAAAUUGAAAUGACAAACAAUUAAUAGAUGAUUUUGUGAUCAUUGUGAAAGCUAACUAACUAUUAUAAAAUUAUGAAAUGUAUAUUUACAAAAAACGAUAUAUCUUUAUAUCUGUAUAACAUGAAUUGAUGUUAAAGUUUGUUGUUACAUAAUGGAGACAAGAAAGGGUGAAACACGUCUAUUGGGGAGGACAAUCUGAACAUAAUACUACCAAAUACCUAUGUAGAAUAACUCAUCCAUAUCGAACAAAUCAGACACAGACAUAACAUGAUAAAAAACUCCAUGUAUAUUUUAACAAAAACAACGAGACUGUUACUUAUAUAUUGUCGUAUGAAACGAGUUUCUGGUGAUUAUAAUUCCAAUGAAAUUAUUGAACUAAUACAAACCUAUAUAAUAAAGUAAGUUCUCUGUGCACGUUUUUUUUAAAUAAUAGUACGAAUCCAUAACGUAUAAUCAUCAAAAAUAUAUUCUUAUCGGUGAUUCUGGAUCGAAAACUUUGACGGCUAAUUAACUUUGGGGUUUUGUUGCCGCAGUUUACCGAUUAUGACUUUGAUAAACAAUCAACACUGAAUCAUGGAGCACGUGACAAAUAAGUGAUAUGAUAGAGUGAUGUUUAUUUGGUUUUUUAUAUUUUCUAUGCGUUCUUAUUUGUUAAUUAACCUUCGUUAAAUCAGUUUUGAAAUAAUUUGGUGUUUUAUUUUUUUUAAAGGAGCACUAGCUAUGAAUUAGACAAACACAUAAAUACGAUUUUUGUUUGUUUCAAACAUUUUUAAAAGCAGAAUAUAGAAAUAAUAUUUAGCAGUAAGUUUUGUUCAAUUUCUUCAAAAUAAGCUAACAAACAUCGCCAAUGUAAUAUUGGCUUGAAAAGUUAUUUUUCUCUUAUUUCAAACUGAUAAAUAAAUAGAACAGUAUAUAGAACAUGUAGAACAGGAAGAAAAUUAUGCUAAUAACAGAUGACAAACUGGAUUGCUGAUUACAAAUCCACAUACAAAAUAAGAUUAAGGAAAAAUCUGCUAGUACAUAUUAUUAUCAAACACUAUUUCUUCAAUCUUCUGUCGUGUUCAUAAAUAUAAAGCAAUCAAUACUUCAAUUUUUGCUUGUUAUUUUCUUAUUUCUGCUUAAUAGAAGAGGUUAAUUGAUGUAUAAUAAAAAUAAAUAUCUUA